CACUGGACGCCGUACGUCAUCGUUCACAACAAACAUGGCGUCCUCAAUGUCACUGCUCGGCUUCAGGCGUUUGUCUUUGAUCAAUGCAGCUUCUAAAUGGGCUCUGAAUCCUAUCAGGUCUACAAGCACAAGCACACCAAGGCUGGCAGAGAAAUCAGGACAAGACACGCAACUUAUCACAGUUGAUGAGAAAUUGGACAUCAGCACUGUGACAGGAGUCCCAGAGGAGCACAUUAAAACACGCAAGGUUCACAUCUUCGUUCCCGCCAAAACGGCCAUGCAGUCCGGAGUCAACAGCACCAAGAAGUGGAAGAUGGACUUCGACACCAGAGAGCGCUGGGAGAACCCGCUGAUGGGCUGGGCCUCAACUGCUGAUCCCCUCUCCAACAUGCUGCUUGCUUUCUCCUCCAAGGAAGACGCCAUCGCUUUUGCUGAGAAAAAUGGCUGGAGCUAUGACGUAACAGACAAGAGGAGCGCAAAGCCCCGAGUGAAGUCGUACGGAGCAAACUUCUCCUGGAACAAGAGAACCAGGAGGUCCGCUAAGUAAACUGAAGACGCCCACCUGUUAGCUGGUGUCAGCUGCUUUGACCUCAUUGUGUCCCACAGCAGACUUGUAUCAUUCUUGUCAAUAAAUGCAUAAUUAUAUACGUGUAAACCAAA